AUGAUCCCGCUAAAGGGAACGGCCCAGAGGAGCGCUGUUGGGUCCUGGAGGCUGACAUCCUGGACCCCAACGUCAUUUGGGAUUUCCAUUUCCGCCUUGUGGACCGGCCUGCUCCUCGCCCUUGGGGCCAUCCUCCUGGCUGGUGUCAUCCUGCGGCUGGAGCUGCUCGUCGGGGGUUCUGUCACGCCUACUCCCGCUCUGGCACGCGACAUCGCCUAUCCACCGGCCCUGUGUAAAUACAGCUUCCCUGUUGAAGUUGUCAGUGACAUCAAGAAUGUUACAGCAACUUAUGGAGGAGACUUCUACUUUCUGCUGGGUGUGUUGACGGUGUGUGCCCAGACAGAGAUGAAGAGGGUUGUCGGGGACAAUGCCACACUGCCCUGUCACCACCAGUUCUGGGCAGGCGACGCCCCCACGCUGGACAUCGAGUGGCUCCUCCUCAAGCCCAGCUCCAAGCAGAGAGUGGUGAUCACCUACUUUGCGGGCCGGGUGUACGACCCCAACGAGGCGGAGGCGGGCCGACUGUCCUUAGCCGGGGACUACCUUAAGGGGGACGCCUCCCUACUGAUCAGUGACCUCACCCUGAGCGACUCGGGUGAGUACAGCUGCAAGGUGAAGAACGGGGGGAAGUACCAUUGGAGCACGGUCAACCUCAUAGUACUGGUGAAGCCCUCUAAGCCACGAUGUUGGAUGGAGGGCCGGCUGUUGGAGGGUAGUGAUGUUAAGAUGAGCUGUAAGUCUACAGACGGCUCUGACCCCAUCAACUACAAAUGGGAGAGGGUGCUGGACAAGGGAAAGUAUGUAGGGAAGCUGCCCCCACUUGCCCUCAUAGAUUUGAAGAACUCAGAGAUAGUGACACUGAGGAACCUGACCAAGGAGAGUACUGGGGUGUAUAAAUGUACCGCCAGCAACGAUGUGGGAGAGGAGAGUUGCACCGUAGAGGUCAAGAUACACUAUGUGCGGGGCAUGGGUGUGGUGGCAGGUGCCGUGGUGGGUGUGUCCUUCGGCGUCCUCCUCAUCAUCCUCAUCAUCUGGCUGGUGUUCCGCAAGAAGGAGAAGAAGAAAUACGAGGAGGAGGAGACCCCUAACGAGAUCAGGGAGGAUGCUGAGGCUCCCAAGGCCAAACUGGUAAAGCCCAACUCUCUCUCAUCCCACUCUGGCAGCUCCCGCUCAGGCACCUCCUCCACCCAAUCCAUGGUUCACACCAGCGCACCCCGGGGGCCCCACGCCCGCCUGCCUGCCGUGGCCACCCUCAAGGAGAACGGCCAGCCCCCCAGCUUCCUCCAACAGCCCCCCGCCUACACACAAGUGGUUCCCAAAACCCCAGAGCCCCGCACGGCCCCGGCCAAGCCCAGCCCUCCCCCCAAACUGAGCCCCAGGAACCUGGCCCGCAUGGGGGCAACGCCGGUCAUGAUCCCUGCCCAGACCAAGGCCUUCCAGACUGUGUAG